AUGACCAUAGUCAACCGCAAGGUUUAUCGCAUUCUUGUCAACACAGGGAGCUCAGCCGACGUCAUCUAUUCCGAAGCAUUCGAGAAAAUAGGGAUCGAAAGUUUACGCCUUCGACCCGUGAAAACUCCUCUACACGGCUUUACCGGAGAUAGGGUGAUCUCCGAGGGAGCCAUCACUCUCCCUGGCGGUUGUGUCCACAUACCAUCUAAUGAUGAAGGUGGGGUUGGAUACCUCCGAGGGGACCAGCGUGAAGCUCGGAGAUGUUACGCGAUAGCUGUGAGAAAAGGGUCGGUAAAGCAUGCCCUCACCAUCAACGUCCUCGACCCCAGAACUCCCACGAAAGAUCCCCCCAUGGAGGACAUGGAGACUGUCCCGCUUGAGGAAGCCGACCCGAGUAAAACUGUUCAGCUCGGAUCUUUGUUGAAUUCCAAGCAGAGGUUGAAUGUGGAUCCGUAUCAUAAACCAGUGAAACAGAAGAGAAGAGCGUUUGACGCCGAGAGAUACACCGCCAUAGCCGAUGAAGUCUCCAAGCUCCUCAGCGUUAGCUUCAUCAAGGAAGUACAUUAUCCAGUCUGGAUCACCAACGUGGUCCUGGUGAAGAAAUCAAAAGGGAAGUGGCGGGUCUGUGUAGAUUACUCAGACCUGAACAAGGCCUGUCCUAAGGAUAGCUUCCCCUUGCCUCGAAUCGACCAGCUGUUGGACAGCACGGCUAGACACAAGCGACUAUCCUUCCUGGAUGCCUUUUCAGGUACAAUCAGAUUCUGA